AUAAAGGCUAAAAUAUCACAGAGCAUUCGGUUGUUUCUCCUGAAGAAAUCGACGCUUUUGUACUCGAGCUAUCAAAAUCUGUGAUUGACAACAACCCAGGACCAAUGGGAUAGAACAAUGGCAGUAUGCAAGUGGUUUCGACCAAUCGAGAAAUAGAGGAGGGUGUAUGCGGCAGGUUGCCAUGGAUAUCACCGCCAAGUGUUGCCAUAAGGAGAUGGAAAGCUAUGGGCAGUGUGUGACCUCCCACCCAUCAACAUGGCAACAGCACUGUCAAGACCUGAAGAUGAAGGUGGCACAGUGUACCUCUUCACACCCUGUGAUCCAGAAGAUCCGGACAGACUGUUCAAAAGAGUUCACAGAGUUUGAACACUGCUUACGAGAGAACCAGAACUCACCUACCUUCUGUUCAGUACACGUAGCGCGCUUCCUCGGCUGUGCAGAGACAGUGGACCUUGCCGGAGUGCCAGUGAACCCGGUUCCUCGGCCCUCUUAGGACCCAGCAGUGACCAUCAUCCAUCCCUCUCAGAUAUCUCCUUCCUGCAACACUGACACCGGACUGCUCUAUCUAUCAUUGAUAAAUCAAUGCUCAUGUCAUUUUGAUAACUUCCUGACUUGGUACAUGGAUAAAGUGGACUCUUGUCCAUGGCUACUUUAGGAUUUGUCAAAAGAACUCAAAAUCCUAGACAUUUACAAUUUCUGGGACUGAUUUCUGCCCGAGACGGUGAAGAAUCAAGAAGGAUUAUUUAUUGAAAUUCUUUCAUAACUCAUCGAUGCUACAGCUCUCUGAAAUACAAUGGGAAUCAGAUGAGUCGUUUUCCCUGUAUUUGAAAAUAAUCACUCAGUGCGAUUGACUAUGCAGCAGGUUUUAGUGUGUAAUGCAUAUUUACAACACUGUGGUAACCUCAGGAAGCAGCAUAAAUGGUUUCCUUUGCCUCUGAAAUGUAUAUUGAGAAUGAAUGUGUAAAAUGGUGUUAGCUUUGUAACCUCACUCCGCAACAUAUCUGUGUACAACUGCGUGAUAUAUAAGUAUCCCUUGUUUGCGGUGUGGUUGUCUCUUGUAGAUGUUAUUUUGGGUCAAUUUUAUCAUGAAACUCCUAUAUUUCAGUCCUAUUACUCAUCCAGUUUGGAUACAUGCUGUCUGGUGUUAUGGUGCUACACAAGGGUGCCCCUCGCUCCCUCCCACUCUCCUUUUCUUCAGGUUGGAGUGAGUCAUGGUAGAAUACUCAACUGUGGAAUGUAUAUCUCUCCCACACAUCUCUCCUUGGCAACACGCUCGCUGAGGGAAAGGAGGGAGCGCAGGAAGGAUGGAAUGAGGGGAAGGGGCCUGGAGAGUUAGAAUUUGAAGGAGCUGAGGAAAGGUGGAAGGAAGGAGAAGUAGAGGGGAUGAAGGAGGAGGCUAUCCGCUGGCGGAAGGAACAGAGCCCAGGAAGGUUGGAGGAGAAGGAGUGGGCUGUGGAGUUAUAAUCUGUGUGACCACAGAGACAGUCAAGAGGGAGGAUGUUGAGUUAUGUACCCUUUGACUACUAACCAGAACAGGCCCCCUUUUCUGCUUCACUUAUUAAAGGCUGAGGGAGACGCAA